GAAUGGAAAUGCAAGCUGCAGAAGUCAGCGGCUACUGCUGAAACCUCGCAGGCAGAAAGGAGAAAGCACCUCGGAGCCCUCACGCCGACUAGCCGAGAGGCUCCUCACAAACGUGGAGGAACUGAGAGGCACCUCGUGGCAGCACUUGUCUCGUGUAGGCAUUGACAUUGCCGACCUCGGCUGUUUGUCAUUGGAGGAUGCAAACGCGACGCUGCAACAGCUACGGCAGCAGUUUGGAGAAGACCUAGACUUCAUCGAGCUGGACGAGCAGAUCUACAAGCCCCUACAGAGCUUGGCCGUCGUAGAUCCCUUCUGGCCAACGCAGUAUGGUACGCAGCGCUGCAACUUCGAAGGUGCCUGGCAGCAGCUAGAGGCCCUGACGACAAGCCCGACAGAGGUCGUUGUGGCACUCAUUGACACUGGGCUGACAUUCGGCCACGAGGAUCUCCAAGGUCGAGUCUGGACAAAUCGCGGGGAGAUUCCUGGAAACGGCCGCGACGACGAUGGCAACGGUUACAUCGAUGAUGUGCACGGAUUCAAUUUCGUGGACUACAACGGUAACCCAGUGGAUGAUGGCGGCCAUGGCACACACAAUGCAGGGCUCAUUGCAGCGCAGCUAAACGAUCGUGGCAUCGCUGGCGCCGCAGGGCGCAAUCAGUACGUCAAGCUGAUGAUAGUCAAG